AUGUGCUUCAGCCCGGGACGGGCCGGGACAGCCCGGGACAGCCCGGGCCCGGGGCAGCCCGGCCGCGCUCACCCGCUCUCGUUGCAGGCCGUGGAUGACUUGCUGCGCUGCGGGAUUUGCUUCGACUACUUCAGCAUCGCCGUGAUCAUCCCGCAGUGCUCGCACAGCUAUUGUUCCCUUUGUAUCCGCAAGUCUUUGUCCUACAAAACACAGUGUCCAACGUGCUGUGUGGCAGUCUCAGAAUCUGUGGUGAAGAACAACCGGAUUUUAGACGACCUGGUGAAGAGCUUUAAUUCUGCAAGGCAGCAGCUGUUGCAGUUGGUGUUGGAAGCUCCCCCAGUUCCAUCCCCCCUGGCCCACAGCCAGCGUCCAGCUGGGAGCCACUGCAGCCCAGUGUCUCAGCCAGAGUCUACAGAGGUGCCAGGGGUUGACAGCUCCUUGGGAAAGGACAAAGUCUGCACCUCCACAAAGGCAUGGUGGACUGCUCAGAAGAGUUUGCAAACCGAGGAACAGCAUGGCCUACACAGCACUUCUGCAGAGGCUGCUGGCAAAGACAGCCAAGUGAGAUCACAGGAGGUGCCUGGCUGCACCCAAAGUCAUGAAAAGCCUUCUACGUCUGUGCUCAAAGGAGACAGGAAAGUGGAAUGUCCUGUGUGUGAGGUUGCUAUUCUGGAGCAAUACAUAAACAAACAUCUGGAUAGCUGCUUGAGCAGAGAGGAGAAGAAGGAGAGCCUGCGAAGUUCUGAUCACAAAAGGAAGCUGAUGUCCAAAGUUGUCUAUAACCUGCUGUCGGACCGAGAUCUGAGGAAGAAGCUCAAGGAGCAUGGUCUGUCUACCUCUGGGACCCGCCAGCAGCUCAUUAAGAGACACCAGGAGUUUGUGCACAUGUACAAUGCUCAGUGUGACUCCCUGAACCCCAAGUCAGUUGCAGAGGUUGUUAAAGAGCUGGAGAAGAACGAGAAGAUUCGGGUUCAGCUGGAGUGCAAUAAACCUGGUGAGAAUAGCUUGACCUUCACAAAGGACCAGACAGAGGAAGAAAUUGAUGAGAUCCACGCUGAAUAUCGAAACAAACACAGAAGUGAGUUCAAGUUCCUGGUGGAUCAAGUAAAUAAACGGUGGAAGAAAACGGGUGAGAGGAAGGCAGAAAGUGCUCAAAACAAAGAGGAAGUUGCUGUCAAAGAGCUGCCAGCAGCCACAGCAGUUGCCUUUGUAUUUAACUGGGAAUUGCAGCAUGGGAAAGGAAGAAGGCAGUCAUGGCCUGAUGAACCUGGGGGAGAGGAUCCCACAGCUGUUGUCCCUGGAGAGGCCCAAGCACUCCAGUCAGAAAUUCCUGAUGGCCGAAGCAGUGACUCUCCCAGCGUGAAGGGGUGGCAGAGAUCCGCCUCUCCUGAGCUCUCCCUGUCAUCUGCCUCAACGAGCAGCACCAAUUCAGACAUUCUGACAGACAGGGAAGGGUCUGAGACAUGUUCAACGUCCUCUGACAGCAGCAGCUCCGUGGCCCUGACAGGGAACAAGAGGAAGCUGCGGCGGCCGCGCAUCCCCGGGGACAGCGGGGCCGUGCCCCGGGGCAAGAGGAAGAGGAGCUAGCACUGCAGGAGUGCCCAGCCAGCCUGGGAGCACCCCUGGCUUCUGCCCCUUCUCCGAGUCCCUGGGUACUGAGUAAAAUGCUGUAUUUUCACAUCA